AUGCCAGCCGUCCCCGCUCCCGCUAAGGUUCUUGUUUCUGGAGUCAAUGGCUACGUCGGCAUGUGGGUCGCGGAGACUUACCUUGCUGAAGGCUACUCCGUGCGCGGAACUGUACGCAGCGUGUCGCGGGCGGGCAAGCACAUCAAAGAGACCUUUUCCAAGUACGGAGACAAGUUCGAACUUGUCGAGGUCAAGGACAUCACCGCGCCCGGCGCGUUCGACCAGGCAGUUCAAGGGAUAGAUGUUGUCGCGCAUACGGCUUCGCCAUUCCAUUAUGACGCCGAGGACCCGGCCGAGAUUAUCGACCCCGCGAAGAAGGGCACCGUCAGCAUCCUCGAGUCGAUCCUUGCUCACGGCAAGGACGUCAAGCGUGUCGUCCUCCUCUCGUCCAUCGUUGCUGUUUGGACGAUGUUUGUGGACAAGCCCACCACGUUUACCGAGAAGGACUGGAACGAGCAGGCCAUCCAGCUCGUGAACGAAAAGGGCAAAGAUGCAGAUGGCGCCACCAAGUAUGGCGCAAGCAAGACGUUGGCGGAGAAGGCCGCUUGGGCGCUGAUCGAAGAACACAAGCCCACGUGGGACCUCGCCGUACUCAACCCACCCUACAUCUGGGGUCCGCCAAUCCACGAAGUCAACAGCUCCGACAAGCUCAACACCUCACAGAAGAUGCUCUUCGACAUUCUGACCAAGGCAUGGCCGGAUGCCGACUACGACAGCCAGGCGAAAGCGCUCGGGGGCGUCGACGUGCGAGACAUCGCGCUUGCGCAUGUGCGCGCGACCCAGUUGCCGCAGGCGGGCGGGACUCGCGCGCUAAUCGGAUCGUUCGGUGGGUACGGGCAGGAUGUGCUUGACAUCGCCAAUGCGUUACAACCGCGCGCAUGGGCCGAAUUGCCCAAGGGGCCGAAGCCCGGUGGAACCAAAGGCAAGGGGUCGCUGCUCAACAUUGACACGGCGCAGUUCCGACGCGUGUACGGAUUCCAGCUGCACACUAUCGAGGAGACCGUGCGCGACUCGCUCGAGGACUUCAAGAAGCGGGGCUGGAUUCAAUGA